UCCAGUGUCUGCAAUCACUUCACAAGCAAACUCUCCUAGAAAUGACCAUAUGAUCAGAAAAACAAACGCGGAAGUGCCACCGCUGCCCUACGUCACCGGACGUCACAGGAUGUGAUUGGUCCAGGGAGAGGAGGUCUGGUACGAGACUGAGGCGGCGGUGUGGGCUCCUUUAUCAGCGCGUUUAUCCCCCAAGAGGCAGAGGAUUUGAGGCAUACGAAGACACCUGAAAGAUCCAAGUGUUUGUGCUGUCAAGGUGAUGUCAGCAGCUUGUCUCGCGCGCCUGGCAAGGUGCAGUGGUCCUUACGCGGGUCGCAAUGGUCUUUUUCACUCGGCCCUAGUCCAACAUUCACUGCAGCAGGACAGCCACCUCCGGUUCACAGUCUUUCGGAGACAACUCAACAGCCCUUCAGAACAGAGACACAGCAACACACGCUUUGAUGCAGACAGCAGCGGCCGCCCCACCACUUGGGAUUCGUUCGGCAUCUGGGACAAUCGUAUCGAUGAGCCCAUCCUGCUGCCUCCCAGCAUUCGCUACGGCAAGCCCAUUCCCAAAGUGAGCUUAUCGAAAGUGGGCUGCACCUCUCUCAUUGGUCAACGCAAGGAGAAUGAGGACCGCUUCCAGGUCUCCCAAAUGAACGACAACAUCCUAUACUUUGCUGUCUUUGAUGGGCAUGGUGGACCAGAAGCUGCCGACUUUUGUGAAAAAUACAUGGAGAAAUUCAUCAAGGACCUGCUGGUAGAGGAGUCUAAUCUGGAAUUAGUUAUAUCGAAGGCCUUCCUUGAAGUGGACAAAGCUCUAAUGAAGCACUUGCACUUCUCUCCAAGUGUGCCCGCGAUCAAUGCAGGAACCACUGCCACUGUGGCCCUACUGAGGGACGGCGUUGAGUUAGUGGUGGGCAGUGUGGGUGACAGCCGCGCAAUGCUGUGCCGCAAGGGCAAAGCCCUUAAACUCACUGUCGACCACACGCCAGAGAGGAAGGACGAGAAAGAGAGGAUUAAGAGGAGUGGGGGUUUUAUCACCUGGAAUAGUCUGGGACAGCCAAACGUCAACGGCAGGUUGGCGAUGACACGCAGCAUUGGAGACUUUGACCUGAAGAACAUGGGGGUCAUUGCCGAGCCGGAGACCAAGAGACUAUCGUUGCACCAUGCCCACGACGCUUUCCUGGCUCUGACCACAGACGGCAUCAAUUUCAUUGUGAACAGCCAGGAAAUCUGCAAUGUCAUCAACCAGUGCCACGACCCUAAAGAGGCGGCUCAGAGAAUAUCUGACCAGGCACUUCAGUACGGCUCAGAGGACAACAGCACAAUUAUUGUGGUGCCGUUUGGUGCUUGGGGAAAGAGCAAGAAUUCGGACACGAAUUUCUCCUUCAGCAGGAGUGUUGUGUCCAGCGGUCGCUGGGCAUAGCCCGCAGGACGUCGGAUGAUGAAACGCUGUGGUCUGUGGACCCAAUUAUUCUGUGCAAUACAACCGGUCGCCUUGAGGAAACAAAGAAAGUGUGGUUUUGCCCAAACAAUAAUCCCUACGGGUUACAACAUGUUAUUUAGUAGUAGCAUGAUAAUUAUUUGCCUCUGUGAAGUAAGAGGCGGUGAAUUCAUGUGUACUAAAUUAAAAAACAUCCUCUUCAUACAAAGGCUUUAUCUACUAGCAAGCCAAUGACCUUAUAGGCGCUUAACGUUGAGAGUUGUUUGGAUGGCACACAGGAAUCGACAACAACAAGUUGUCACUUAGCAAAUAUGUAGUCUUGUCUACAUUAGCUAAGAUUUUAGGACUACAGUAGUAUUCCUGUGUCUGCCAUUCAAAUGUAUGUUUUUUUUUAUCAAUUUAGGAGUUCAUAAUGCCCAAGUUUGCACUUUGAUUUCAAGGCUAACCUAUCUUGGAUUUCCGAAACUGGUGCAUUCUGAUUUAACCACUGGUUUUUAAGUCCGUCGCCUCUAAUUCAGGACCGUUUGUCAGUGUUAACAUUAGGGAGGAGGAUUGGAAAAUCAACACAAAUUGAACUACUUCCAUUAUUUUCCAUUUAGUUGGAAUUCAUUGAACAUGAUCAUACAAAAUGUAUUUAGAUAUACAUGCCAUGUAAAACUUUGUGAUUUCUACAGCAACUGGAAUAUAGUUACCACGGUCAAAAUAUGUCUUUGAGGAGGUCUGAAUGACCUUAUGAUUCUGGAGCUUCAUUUCUGUCUCGUGGGUCAAAGCAUCUUAAAUUAGACUAUACAGAAGAUUUUAACAGUUUCAGGACUGAAAAUGAUUUGGUCCUUGUAAAUUAAAUUUAACUAUUGCUCCUCUGAAACCCGGACCCAUUUCUAAAUACUUAAUAUUUCCUAUGCACUAACAGUACUCGCUAAAGCACCACUGAAACUCAUGACGCCAAUUUGCACAAUUGUGUUUGGAUUGAACUCCUGGAUGUUCAGUGAUCUGGUGAACUGGUGGGUUGUGUGUGAACGGAGUUGCAGUUCAGUGGCUGAACCUGACAUUUAUAAGAAUCAAGACAUAAAUGCUUCUUGGAAUUUAAACACUGCUCAGGCUUGUACACGUGUUGAUAUCGGUAGUGAUCUGAAACAGGGUGCGUUGGGGCACUUAAGUGUGCAGCGUACAGAAAAUGUAGAGAUUAUGUUUUGUAAAUAAUUAUAUUUAUGUAUGUCUGUAAAAACUGAUAGUUCUCUCGGAUACAUUUACGUGAUAUCUUGGCUAAAUCUCAUAUUGGAAUAAGUGAUAACGCACAAGACCCUUGCUUCGUCGCUUGUGUAAAGCUGCAUUAUUUUAAUUGUAACUCGGUUACAAUCAGUAAUUCGUCUUUUACACCACUUAUGUCACUCCCAAAGUGUAAAGCACACUUAAUGCAUCACUAUAUAACUGUUGAGCUCAGAGCCAUGUAUGACAGUUUGAAUGUUUGCUUAAAUGCCCUCCAUGACUAAAAAACAUACAAUCAAGCCCUGUAAGUUGUAGGCGUGUUUAAGCUGUAGGAGUCAUCUUGGCUGACCUAAUGUAAGUUCAUCAUGUUUCCGUUGCAGAGCCGACUUGACAUUUUUUUUGUUUGUUGAUUUGUCAUGUGGCUAUUGAAGCUUGUCAAAUGAGAGCGUCCGUAUUUAUCAGCGUACUUGUUCUAACUGUGAGACUUGCAGAUGUGGUGUGGCUACCAGUUGUUCCUCAAAAAACAUUUAUAAAUGUUUUGUACAUACCCUACCAACCCCACCGCAUCCACCCAUUGGAUACAACCUUGAUUGAUUAUAAGGACUUUGUCUUUAUACUUUACAUGUCCUCCUGAUCUGUUGAAGCUGUCUCACGGUGUCUUCAUCAUUUUUGUUAAUUGUAUUUUAUUUCACUGCCUUUUAGACACAAUCAUUGUUGCCGUGGACCUGUACAUGGGACCCAGAUGGAAUUGAUUCAUGUCUGUGACUGUAUUUUUUGAACUAAAUGGCUCGUGACACAAUAAAAAAACUACAAAUGAA